AUGGCAGCCCCGCCAAGUGCUCCUGCGCAGAGCAGCAGUGGCCAGAUGACGGCGCCGACCGACCAAGUGCUGCAGGAGCCACUGCGAGUAGCGGCUGAUGCAGGUGCCACCUCGCACGCCUUCUUGGAAGCCAAGGAGACCCAGCCCUUCGAAGACCUGUUAUCCGGCAGCCGCGGGGCCAUGCCGGAGCGGCAUGUCCAGCUCUUUCGUAACCUUCAGUUCAAGUGGCAGUGCUAUGAUGCGUACUGCCGCGUUUGUCUCGGCCUCGGGUUGAAUCACAUCCUGCAGGCCAUGACCUACUAUUGCAUUUGCCAUGCUCUGGUGGAGAACCAGAUGCCCAGUUUAGGUCUGGCAUUGGUAGUCCUCUUCCAGGCAGCGACAAUCUUUGUCGCGUUUCUGGAUUUGGCGGGGCUACAGCACCGAGAGAUCAUCACGGUGCAGAUCGUCAGCAUCGUUCCAAGCAUCGUCACAGCCCUGGAAGUCUCCUUCUCUCAGCGUGACAAGCUGGGCAAUUUGCUCCCGCAACAGGACUACAAGCUGUCGCCGCUGAGCUUCCUGUGCCAUGCCAUGUGGCUUGAGCUUUGGCUGCGCAUUGCCUGGCCCAGUGGGGCAGAGGAGAAGCUGGCCCAGCUGCCUCGAAGAUUCCGCCAGGUCCUGUUCCUCGAUCCGUUUGGGGACGCGCUCAACUGGGAUCCGAAUCAAGAAGCACAUGGCGAUGCGCGGUCCUGGUUUGAGGCCCUCAAUGAAGAGGAUGUCACGUCCCAGGCAGCAGCGAUGCAUGCCGCACAUGAGGCUGCAUGCAAUGCCACGACGCAGCUUACAAUGGCGCAGUGCGCUUUGCGGCGUUGGCAGUCGGUGCCCAGCUGGUGCUCUUCCGCGGCCCAGCGCAAGGCACGCAGCAUGCCCGAAGUUCUAGAAGCAGCCAGGGGCACGUGGAGCAUGCGGGGCUUGUUCUGCUUGGUGUUGUGCUCCUGUACUCUCUCGGGCAGCGGCCGCCGUGCCUUCAACAACGGGUCCGAGCUGAGAUCUGCACUGCUGGAGUGGGAGUUCCAGGCGCUGAGGAGGUCCCAGCUGGUGGCAAUUUGGGGUCCAAUCUCAGAGUGGGAUGUCUCAGCCGUCAGCAACAUGAGCGGCCUUUUUCGGGAUCUAGCAAGCUUCGAUGAGGACAUCCAGCGCUGGAACACCUCAAGAGCGGCUGACAUGAGCCACAUGUUUCGAAAUGCUUUUUCCUUUAACCAAGCGCUUGAGAUGUGGACACCUCAGUAG